AGGGUUAGAGCGAAAAGGGUAGGUGACGGCGCAUCCGACCGAGAAGGCAAAGGUUCCACGGCCGGCUAUGAUAUAUAGAGUGAAGCGACUUAUGUUUAAAUCGCGUUGGGAAGUGGCCUAGAUUAGAGGGACUUUGCAGCAUCAAAUCCUAACCCGAUAUCUAAGCGUUUAAGACUUUUUAAUACUUUUAUGGGAUUUCGUGCUAGACGGCACGGUGGCUGAUGGCCGGCCAGUGAUUUGUUGGGCUUUAAGGAAGACGUCGGACGUUCGCGCGACCGUCGGAAAAAUUGAUUUGGCGAUUAUUUUCGCGAGGCUCGGGAAAAGGAACACGGGGUUUUCAGUGAGGUUUCGGGGUAGGACUGUUUUUUCUGUGCGAUCAAAUAAAGAGUGAGGCGGUUUUUGAGGGUUAAGAUUGACCCUUAUACUCGUUUGAAGUGAGACCGAAAUCAUCCGCCACGACGACCCUCCUACACAGCCUCGCCCCCUACAAGCCCAUGGAUAGGAUAGAGCAACUGUCGGAUCCAGCUCUGUGCCUCCAGGAACUAGUGACCGGGGUGACCACGUCCUCGGCCAACUCCGAUCAUCUCCAUGGCGUUCACCACCUGCACGACUCGGUCAGCUCGGCGGUCUCGGUCAGCUCGGCCAUUUCCGGAAUCAUGAGCGGGGGAUCGGCGGUGCUCGGUCACCACGUGACGUCACACGAUUCGGGACACCAUCACGGGGUGGUGCCGCACACCCCGUCGCUGCACCACGAGCCGUUGGAGAAACUAAAACUGUGGGCCGAGACCGGUGACUUUAGAGAUGCGCACUCCACUGGUUCCAUGACACCCUCCAGUUCGACGAAUAUGGAUCACCCCCAACUGCCUUUCCCUGCCACUGUCAGGAGUAGGACACGUGAUCGAAAAGGAAGUCGAUCGCUUUCCGAUUCAAUCAAAACGGAAGCGGGCGUUGGAGUCGAUACUCCCGAAUCUGAAGAUGGGAAGAACGACAAAAAAACGAAACGUCAACGGCGACAACGGACGCAUUUCACGAGUCAACAAUUACAAGAAUUGGAGGCGACGUUUGCCAGAAAUCGAUAUCCUGAUAUGAGCACAAGGGAGGAAAUUGCGAUGUGGACCAAUCUAACUGAAGCUAGAGUUCGAGUGUGGUUCAAAAACCGGAGAGCCAAAUGGAGGAAACGCGAACGCAACGCAAUGAACGCCAUGAACGCGGCGGCCGACUUCAAAACCGGCUUCAGCACCCAAUUCAACGGACUCAUGCCCACCAUCAGUGACGACAGCUUCUACUCCUACUCCACCUACAACAACUGGGCAGCCAAAGUCCCCAGUCCCCUCAGCACCAAGCCCUUCUGGCCAGUGGUACCAUCCAACCACCACCAAAGCCCUGUAAACUGUUUCAAUUCUGCCACAUCAGUUGCUGCUGCCUCUAUGGGUGGUGCAGCUAGUUCCAUGUUGCCCGGAGCUAUGGGUACGGGACUUACGAGCACACCCGGAGCAGUUUCAGCUCAACCCUGUCCUUAUACGACUCCAGCUAAUCCUUAUAGUAUGUAUCAUCACCGAUCAGCUGCGGAACCUUGUACGGCAAUGUCAUCCAGUAUAGCCUCGCUGAGGCUGAAAGCGAAACAGCACACGGGAUUCGUGGGUUAUUCGAGUGUGAGUCCUGUGAGGUCAUCUUCGGCAGGAUUGCAGGCCUGUCAAUAUGCAGGAAGUGGGAUAGGAGUGGGGGAGAGGCCUGGCUGAGACGAGGAAGAGGCCCUUGGGGGCCAUCAGCUCAAACACGAGGACCAGGACGAUUGAUAAAUAAUGUCUGUUGAUUUAUUUUGUUGAGUGAUUAGUCGGAGUUCGUGAUAUAUAAGAACGGCUCGAUCAUGGAUUUUUUCGGUUUCUGUCGUUCGAGUUCAAGCUUUAAAAAACAAUCGGACUUCAGGUCCAGUUCAGUAACAAAAAUUGGAAUUUUUGUGAGUUUAGAAAGAAAACUGAGUAUCUAAUCAAUGAGGAACACAUGAGGAACAUAAUGAAUAUAUUAACAAUUUACGCUAAUCGUACAGAUAUUCAUAAAAAUACGAAGUUUUUUAUUUAAUAUAUUCUUACGCAAAUUAUCACAAGAAGUUGGUAAAACAAUAUUAAGGUACGUCCACAGUUUUUACCAUCUUAACCAUCUUAACCAUCUUAAGUUAAAAUCGAUUAAUUUUUAAUAAUUUUGUAGUAAAAAUAAGUAAAUAGUUUGAAUUGUACAGAAGACCUUUAUUGGAAGCUUAAAAAUGGGCCGAGAUGGUUACAUUAAGUUUGGGGGAGCAGGUGAGUUGAAUUGGUUUCAAAAGGGGUAGCUGUGAUAAAACUGUUGAGCGGGUGAAGUAGGCAAGCGACAAAAGGAAAGAAUUAUUCAUUCCGGUAAAAGCAGUUUAAGGGUUGAUUCUCACUAUGCCUUCCGUAUCAUCUACCUUCCGUUUACAUAAAAUAUUAUACCGUAUGAUCGAGAAAAAACGGCGUCAACGAUGGCUAUGAAGUGA